AUGAUGACAAGAUAUUAUCGAUUUAUGCAACUCAAAGCUUCAUCACCAAAUAAUAUUCUAUUGAUUCCAACAUUAGAUAUUGAGAUCAUUUGGCAAACACAUCUUCUACGACCACAAAUGUAUCGAGAUGAUUGCAUGAGAUUAUUUCAUCGUAUUAUUGAUCAUUCUUUAUUAGCAACUGAAAUGGAACAAUUUCUAAAAGAACAAGCAUUUAUUGAUACUUGUAAACUAUAUGAAGAACGAUUUGGAGAACAAUAUUGUUCAUUACCUGAACAUAAUGAUAAUAAACCUAUCGCUCCAAAAUAUGUUCAUCCCGUGUUUGGAUCAUUAAAAUGUGUUAUUCCAAUAUAUUCAUAUUGGGAUGAAACAAAUUUUGAUUUUUCAUCAGUAUCAUUAACUAAUCAUGAUGAUAAUUCAUUUUCAUUCACUGAAGCUGAUAUUAUUCUUGAUGGAAAUUGGCUUGAUUUAUGUAGAAAAUAUAUGAAAGAAAUGUUGUUAACAGUACCUGUUCAAAAUUAUUAUCCAUAUGAUGAUAUUGAUCUUAGUAAAGCAUCGAUAAUCAGACUAAAGAAGUCUUAUGAACGAUUCUUAUACAUGUCAACAAAAUAUCUACCAUCAAAUGGAUAUAAUUUUAUACAUCCAACAUAUGCGAUUGAUAUUAUUUGGCAUUCACAUAUGCAAGAGCCAUUGAAAUAUGCAUCUGACUGUAUUCAUCUUGUAGGUUAUGUAAUUGAUCAUGCACCAUGGCCAUCGGUUGAUACAAAUAAAAAGAAAAGUUCUUGUGAUGAUACGAUGAAUGCUUGGAAAAAAGAAUUUGACAAUGAUAUGCAAACAGAUCAUUUAUAUAAUACGAAAAGAAAUGAUUAUGACUACUGGGAUGAUGAUUAA